AUGUCCGGAGAAGGUUUCGUGGUAACACCCGAAGAGGGUUCGAGUUUCAUGGUUGAUGAUGAACAACAACAACAAAUUAUUAUUCAUGAUGAACACGAAGAUCAAACUCCUCCUACCAACAAGAACGAUAGCGUUGUAGCUGACGUUCCACCACCCACCUCUUAUGAAGAAAUCAAUCGGGACAACACUACGGCGGCAACAGGAGAUGAAGAACUAAUUUCACCACCAACAACAACAACCAAUGACAUGACAAAUCCGAGUACUUCUUCUCUAGAUGGAGCAGAACAACAUGCUUCGGUAGAGGAUGAAAUUCAUUCUUCAGAAGAAAACUCAACUCCUGAAAUCGUGCUUCAUCAUCAAGAGAGUUCCAUACCAUCCUCAACAAAUAAUAAUAUCCACGAGCAACAACAAACACAAAUAACAGAGGAGCAACAAGAAGAAGAAGACUCUCAACAACCGCAACAUGAGAUGACCACGGUUCCUCAAAAAGACCAUCCAGAGGAAGUACAAACAGAGAAUAUUGAAUCUUCCCAAACAACAACAACAGUUGAGUCGGAAGGGCAAACAAACGAUUUAGAAGACACCGUUACAAACAACGACGAUCAAGAAAAUAAUUUUACAAAAUCCUCCACUAUUGACGACAAUAUCCAUCAGGAAACUACUUCUCCUUCGAAUAUUGACAAUAAUAAUUUAUUUAACAACACAAGCAACAACGAUGAUACAUUGCUCACAAGUGACUCUAUGAGUGAAUUUAAAAAUGAAACUAAGCCUCAAGAAUCUGAUUCUGAUUUUCAAACGUUCACUCCUUCCGAGUUGGAGUCACAACAUCAUACAUCUUCAGCAAUGAAUGACGAAACUGAGACAAACUCUGAAUCUACAUUGGAACAGAAACAAGAAUCUGACCAAGAGACAUCACAAGAAAAUUUUGCAGCUGAUUUCGGAGACUCUGAGUUUGACAAACCUGUAACAGAACCGCCAUCAACUGUUGAGCAAGAUGAGCCAAUCAAAAAUCAAUUUGAAGAAGAGUUUGAGGAAUCAUCAUUUGCAAACUCUUCCACACAACCAGCAGAAUUCACACAAACUCAGAGCUCCAACCCUCAGGAUUUUAAUGACAAUUUUGAAGCUAGUUUUGAUUCAUUUCCAUCAUCCACCUCUGAGCCUAUCAAUCAACAACCAUCAUCAACGGAUGAAUUCGAUGCAAAUUUCAAUGUUGAACCGGUCGCAGAAAAUUUACAAGCUAAUAAUUUUGACAAUAGCUCAUUUGAGAGCACUCCAAAUUCGACCAUCCAAAAUAAUUUAUCAUCUCAAGACAACCAAAAUGAAUCUGCAACAGAUGAUGACUUUGGAGAUUUUAAUGAGCCAAUAGUCACAGAAAAAACUAAUGACGACGAUGACUUUGGUGAUUUUACGGAGGCUAAAAAUACAGAACCUCAACACAGUGGCGAUGAUGACGGAUUUGGAGAUUUUGAAGAACCAAAAGAAGAACAACAAACUGCACAAUCUGAACCUCAACUAGAACCAAUAUUGGAUCAGACAACAAAGGUCGAAGACACCUUUGAAAUAGACGUUAACUCGCAGAAAUACGUUAUCGAUUCUAUUCUUGCAAUUGACAAGAAAAGUGCUGAAGAGACGGCAAAGCUUAAUAUUUCUAUUCAUACUUUGCUUAAUGGACUUGUACCUCCAGAGCUUCGAGUGCCUGCUCACAAUGAUGCAAAUUCUUUCUCCUCUGAAAAUCUUUCUAACAACACGCUCGAAAAAUUGUUUAACAUGAACUCCAACCACAAUGCUGAUAUUUUAAGCAAAAUGGCUGUUUGGCAAAAUAGCUGUGUCGAAAAACAUUUCCUACUUGCAUUAGGAUUAGAAAAAAAGAAGAACAAGAAGCAACACAAGCCAUUAAGAAAAGUUGUACACAGACGAACAGCCUCUCAUACCGUUUCAUCCCCAAUAUCCAGUGAUUCAAGUCAACAAGGAGAAACCUCUGAGGCUGUGGAUCAACGUAUGAAAAUUGACGAUAUUGGAACGAUUUCUCAAAGAAUGAUAGGAGGAGCAAGACAUCGAAGAAUGAACUCAACAGUCACAGAUUUACACUUGUCUCCAAGACCACCCUUGAACAUGCAAUCGCCAAGAUCAAUCUCUCCAGUACCAUCCAGCAGUUCUAUUUCUCCAGCAACAACAACAACUGCAAACCAGCAUCAUUUUGAUGAACUUAUGUCAUCUUACACUCCAACCAAGACCAAGAGUGCUGAGCUUGAUGAUAUUGCAGCUCUUGUGUUUGGCUCUGAUUUCACUUCUCCAAAACCACAACCCACUGUUGCUGCAAAGAAGGAAGCAUCUUCCUCAACAGUGUCUACACCCAUGAACAACAAAACAAGUGCCAUUUCCAAUGUACAACCACCUGUAACCAUAAUCACUACUGGCGCCUCACCAGUGUUGGAGAAGAUUUCAAUCCCUGUUAAAUCCUCUUCUUCCCAGCAGUCAUCAAAAGGUUUUGAUGACGACGACAGUUGGGGGAAUGACAAUGACUCGUGGGGUAGUGCACCACCUUCUACUCAAGCAAGCACUACUGCUCUUUCAUCAACAUCUGUCAAUUCAGUCACAAAAAAGCAAGAAAGUCCAGUACUCCAAAAAUCACAGGAAUCAAGCGACAAGUUUGAAGCGAAAUUUGAUGAUGACGAUUUUGGUAGUGGUAGUAAUGAUAUUCCAACAACCAUCAGCACAUCAUCAGCCUCAGUAACAACUUCUUCUCAUGCUAGUGGUGGCACCUUACAAACAAACAAGUUUGAAGAUGAUGGAUUUGGAGAUUUCCCAACAUCUACUAACAAGGAAGAAGUCACAUUAUCGACUCAGAGUUCUACUGCUGUAACAUCCACAAAGACCACGACUUCCAGUGCAAACGACGAAUUUGGAGAUUUCCCAGAACCAAAAGAAAACACCGUUCCAAAAUUUGCAGACGAUGGUUGGGGUAAUGACGAUAGUGGAUGGAAUUCAAGUGACACUUUUACCUCGUCGACACCAACAGCCUCUACUCAACAAAUUUCUGUUCCUGCUACUAGCCCUCUUGCUUCAAGUCAAGCAACCUCAUUGAAGAAUGAGGAAUCGCAAAAUUUUGACGACGAUUUUGGUGAAUUCCCUGAGCCCAAAGAUGACGAGAAAUCAAAAGUUCUACAACUAAAUGUUUCUGAAGAUUUUUCAAAAGAAUCAAAGACCUUUGAAGGGGCUCCUUCAAAUAGUUUGCAGUCAGUCCCGGCCAACACAGCUCAGAAGAAUUCACAAGAUACUUUUACUGGAGCAUCCAAUGAUGAUUUUGGAGAUUUCCCAGAGGCUAAAGAUGAAAAACGACACACCACUGCCACCGACGAUGAUUUUGGAGAAUUUCCAGAACCAAAAGAAGAGACUGUUCCACAAUUUGCAAGCGAUGAUUCAUGGAGCGACAACACCUUUACAUCAUUACCAAUUUCACAAGCAAGUACGAAUUCUAUUGAUCAAUUUUUACAACUUUCUCAACAACAAACACCACCACUUGUAUCGCCACCAUUUGUGGUAACAACAAUGUCUUCUACAGUACCACCACCCUCAUCCAAUGAUGAUCCAUUUGAUUUUAAACCUGUGAAUACUGUUGAAGUUAGAAAAUCACCAACUUUUGUGGCACGAGAGCCAAAUAAUAGCCCAAGCUGGGCACAAUCAACGGGUAGUCCUUCUACGUUAAAAAGUACCAACGGUAUUGACAAUUGGAUGAUGCCUUCUACUUCUCAAUCUGUUUCGACCCAAUCUCCAGUCGUAGUAACAAAAUUUGAGGAAUCAUCUUGGAUGAAACAAACGACAACCUCUUCUUCGAACAACCAUGACGAUGAUUUUGGAGAUUUCCCAGAAGCCAAAGAAGAAGAACCAGCUCAUACUGCUAGUAGCACUCAAAACACGAUGAGCUUGGCAGAUUUCACACCGAGCAGCCACAACAACUCGGUUUCAUCGUUCCCCACAAACAUCAUGACGACUUCUCAAAAAACAACUAGUCCAUUUUCCAAUAAUUCUCCUGUUAGUAGCAACUAUAGUGAUUUCCCAAAACGCAACACACCUACGAUGAGCAGCGGUUUCAUUCAAGCAACGCCACAGUCCGUCACUAAUGACCUCUUCGGUUUUAGCAGUCAGCCUCCACUCGGUAUGACUCCUCUUUCAUCCAACACAAUGCAACAAGGUAUCUCAAAUCAUUCAGACGAUGAUGGAUUUGGUGAUUUCCCAGAAGCGAAGGAGCAUACGACCGCUUCAACACAUAAUAAUGAUGAUGACUUUGGGGACUUCCAAGAACCAACAGAUGAACAUCCACAACAGCAGAACACCAAUACUUUUGAUGUACCUUGGAGAGCAUCACCUGUUCUUAACAAUAAUUUCCCAACUGCUGCUGUCAUUCCUUCUUUCAACACUCCACAAGUGGCAACAACAUUUAAUGAUUUGGAUAGCUGGUUAGGAACUAGUAGCAACAACAUUUCCACUAGUAGUAACAAUACUACCUCGAACAACACCAAUGAUUGGAUGUUAUCACAUACUACCUCCACCACUUCUUCAAGCACUCAGCAGUCCUCAAACACCAAUAAUAAGGAUUUAUUUGAAUUUUUCUAA